AUGUCAGCUCUAUUGCAGGUUGGUGAUCGCGUGGUUUCCAUUAAUGGAACGCGUCUUAAAGGCGUUCGUCAUGAUCAAGCUGUGGCAUUACUUACGGGUAAUCCAUUCGAAGAUGUCUAUAUCACAGUAAUGCGUAACACAAUUGUCGCACAACUGCGAGAAUGA